GCCCAGCUGGAAGGCAACCAAACAACGAGCCGGCGGCGCAUAUUCCUUCCUCUGCUUCCGGCGGCGCAGCGAGUGGAGCGGGCGGCGACUUGUCAGGACCAAUUUGCAAGCCCGUGCGGCCGCCGGAGAAGCGACGCCGGCACCGCAGCGAGUGUAGCGGCGGCGGCAUCGUGCGGCCGCGACUUGACCGGGAAGGCCCGCCAUGGCGUCGUUCGCCGGUGUAUCGGUCCUUGACGGCGACAAGGGGUGCUCUUGCGAGACGGCCUCGUGAUCAAGGGCUACUCGGGUAGCAAAAAGGAGCUGGCCACCGGCGAGAGCAGGAGGACUGACCCUUUCAUGGUAGGAGGCCAUAAUUGGUACAUCGAGUACUACCCCAACGGCCUCUACGGAGAGGUCGAGGCCAAGUUCAGCUUCAGACUCCGAUGUAUGUUGGUCGAAUUAGUCAAACGCUGAGCCUCAUCCUUGCUGGGGCUGCCACGACUUGCUGACAAGAGAUGCCCUUGAACGAUCCGACAGUCUCAAGCAUGAUUGUUUCACCAUCCGCUGUCAUGUCCUUGUUUGCACCCCGGAUGAGGUGCUCCUGCCUCACAUACACCAGCAUUUCAGCCACCUCCUUCAAAAUAUGGUGGGUGCUGAUGUCACCUUUGAGGUUGGCGGCGAGACGUUUACCGCUCACCGGUGUGUGCUCGCUGCCAGGUCUCAGGUGUUCAUGGCGCAGCUAUUUGGCCCCAUGAGUGAGGGCACCGCCACGUCCGACAACGUCAUACACAUCAAAGACAUGGAAGCAAAAGUGUUUAGGGCGUUGCUUCACUUCAUCUACACAGACUCGUUCCCUGUGAUGGACAAGGACAGUGUCAGCAUGGAGGAGGAUGAAAUGCCACGAAUAGUGGAACAAGGACAAGCAGAGGAUAAAAUGCCAGAAGCUGUGGAACAAACGCAAGAAGAGGCAGUAGAGCAACAAAUGCGGCUGCGGUGGCUGCAAGACUUGUUUGUAGCGGCAGACAGAUACCAUCUGCAGCGCCUCAAGUUCAUCUGUGAGAAGCAGUUGUCCGAGCACAUGUGUGUGAGCUCGGUGGCGUCCACUCUCCUUCUAUCCAAGCAGCACCACUGCGACGGACUGAAGCAGGCGUGCCUGAAGUUUAUCCAAGUUCUAUCUCCCUUGCGUUUGCAGACACUGAUGGCGACUACUGGCUGGGGGCAUGUAGCCACGACCUACCCCUCUGUUUUGUUCGAGCUCAUUGCCAUGCUUGCUGCAAACCAGCGGAGAUAACACUCUGUAUAUGGUACGCGUGUUCCUUAAUCAAGUGACAUUGUUUUGCAUAUGUGGUAUCCUCUUCAGAGAUCGUAGUAUCUGUGUCUUGCUUUUAAUUGUCUCAUCAGUCAUGUAGUUUUUCAUGUAUGAUGAAUCAGAAAAAUCCAACAUAUGGGCAUAUUGUCUCUUCAUGCAAUGGACGAUGGUCUGUAAAUUCAGGUGUUAGGGUCAAAACAUUGAUCUGCAUUGCAGCAAUGCGCAAAUUUCCCAACUAGUCAUUUUAUCCUCUUA